CUCGAAAGCGUCGUGGCUGCUCUGUGCUUUGUGCUCUGUGAGAGUGCGACGUAAGCGUAAGCGUGUGAGUGCGUGUGCGUGUUUGUGUGUGCGUCUGUAUUUGUGCGUGAGGGCGCCAAGUUGUUGUGUCUUUAACAACCAGCAGCAACAACAAGCACAGCGACAUUGAACCACCUGCCACAUCGCGCUGCUAUUUUCAGUGCCAGAUAAAAAAAAAAAUUAAAAAAAAACUGAAAUAAAUACACACAAACAAAAUAAGCUGAAACUUCCGGCUAACGAUUUGCAUAUAAAAAACGGUCAAAGAAAGUAAAAAGCGAGCGGAACUGGCGGAAGUUGUGUUUAAACAGCAGCAAAAACAACAGCAACAACAACAAGAACACGAACAGUAAACAGGCAAGAAAAAAACAUUUCGCAAAUCAACACCGCGCGCAGGAAAGUAGGCAACAGUUUUUUGUUGCGCACCAUGGAAAUGGAUGUCAAUCGCCAGACACGCCACAAUGCCAACCUAAUGACCAUAUCCGCCCGCUGUUGUGCCAACAACAAUGCAACAACAGAAACAAUAGCAGCAGCAGCAACAACAGCAACAACAACAACAUCAACUUCGCCUGUAGCAAGCGGCUGCUGCGGCAUCUUGAGUCGCCUGUUUUGCGUGAGCCGCCACAAGGCAACGCAGUCGGUGGCAGGAACCGAGUGCAGCCACAGCGAGUCGCUGUUCAUGCAACGUAAAGCACUGACAACACAGCCGGCAGUGCAGCGACGUCGACGCACGCCACAGGAAAUCUAUUUCGAGAGUCGCGGUAAAUCCUGCAAGAAGCUAUUGAAAUUCAAUGGUAAUUCCAAUAAGAUAUUGCUGUAUCCGGAGGAGGGUUGGGCGCGCACCGCGUCCUCCAGCUACUGGACCAUCACGCCCUGCUGGUGGCAGCCGAAUCGUUGUCGCAUUGUCGAAUGCGCUGGCACGCAACGGCAGGCGACCAAGGCCAGGAUGUUGCCCAUGGAGCAGCAGGGCUCGCUGCUGAUUGCCGGACACUUUCGCAGGCCGUCAAUAACAGCGACAGGCGGUGCUGCAGCAGCGCCAACAACAGCAGCAACAACGGCAGCAACAACAACGGGUGGUGGAAUAACAUCAGCAGGCGGGGCUGCUGCUGGCGCAAAUGGCAGGGCGCAGUCAAAGUCCAAAUCACAGCUGGCAUACAAUGAUGAGUUUAAACUGUAUCUGACAUCAAACAUAUCGAUGGAGGACUACAACAUGGGCUACUGUCUAACUGGCUUCGUCGAGCGCCGCUGCCAGCUGACAAACACCUUUCAAAUGACGCACUUUGCCGUUAUUAAGCGGCAAUGGCCGCCGCCGUCCAAUCUCAGCAGCAGCAGCACAUAGGCAGCACACCGUGAUUCCUCUGUGCUUCUAGCCACUUAGCCCACUUAGUACGUACUACGAUUGUCAGCUGAGUAUUCUGUAUUCUCUAAGCCUAGCCAUUAAGUAGUGCAAUUUGCAAUGCUGUGGCCCACGUGAUAGCAGCAGCAAAAUUAAAAGGCAACACAAAAAGUGUAGCAUACUUUUCAGCGGCCAUUAAAUAAAUAUCAAAAUUGUUGAAACUGCAAACGGUGGGCAAUCUUUUGCCACUUUUUUAUUUUUGUUAAACAAAUUUCUAUGUGUGUAUUAGUGCGUAAUUUGUAACUUUAACUAAAUGCUCUAAACGUGCUUAAUUCGUGUGCUU